GCUGCUUUACAGUGUGAUCUAACACACGCGGAAUUUUUUCUCCGGUCUCUUUUUUUAUUUAUUUAUUUUUCUCUCCUUAUUUUUUCUAUAUUUUUAAUAUAAAUAAAAGUCAAGAGAUUUUUAGUGAGAUUUUAGAAAACGUAAUAUAGCGAAUUUUAGCGAGAUUAUUAAUAAUGUGAGAAUUAACGUGAAUUAUUAAUGCCCGUGUGUGCCUUCAAGAAGAGACCAAUCAGAGUUAAAUGAGUGCUAUUAAGAUUAAGAGUAACAAGAAAUUAAAGGGGGAGCUCCUCCAGGGGUUGUAUGGCAGGGGGAAGCGCAUGCAGGAGAUGAUCUGCGUCUACGCGACGACGUUCAUCCUCCUCGCCAAUCUAGUCAUCCUGCUCUAUAAUGUUCAAAAAGGGGAGCUCGUCAUCGUGGCUGGUGCGGUGCUAACGGGGAUGCUCACCGCGGAUUUUUUGUCCGGGCUGUUCCACUGGUCCUGCGACAGUUGGGGUUCCGUCCACGUGCCUCUCUUCGGCCCCGCCUUCAUCCGCCCCUUCAGGGAGCACCACCUCGACCCCACGUCCAUCACCCGCCACGACUUUAUCGAGACGAACGGCGACAACUUUAUGCUCCCCCUGCCAUUUCUGACCUUAUUAUUCGUCCACCUCUGGCGUAGCCCACACUUCUACCUGGAUAACACGUUCCUGGUUUGGUUCACCUACGCCCUCGCCUUGCUCGUUGCCUUCACUAAUCAAAUACACAAAUGGAGCCACACUUACUAUGGGCUGCCCAGGUGGGUUGUUUUACUCCAAGACUGGGGGGUCGUCCUCGGGAGGAAACAUCACAGGGUUCAUCACGUGGCGCCACAUGAGACGCACUUCUGCAUAACCACCGGCUGGCUGAACGUCCCCCUGGAGUCCCUCCACUUUUGGAGACAUUUAGAGUCCCUGAUAACCUUGCUAACGGGUAAAAAACCCCGAGAGGAUGAUUUAAUGUGGGCCAAGUGAUGCUCAAUAAUUUUUUUAUUUAACACACGUGAAUCUCUGUUUUUAGUUAAUAAAAAAACGCUCAAAAAGAAA